GCGCCUCAGUGCCAGUGUAAAGUCAGCCAGCCAGCAUUAAACCGACAAAUAACAUCAGGGGUUUCACAAUCUGCGAAAUUAAUAAUCACUCACGGCGGUCCUGAGCUCCUCCUUCAGCUCAGGAUUGUUCUUCUAUCCAGCUCAGGAUAAGCUGAAGAAUGGAACAUCUAAGGAAAGCGACCGUGUUCCUGGGGUUCAUAAACUGGCUUUGCUUGGUUUCAGCAGCAAAGCUAUCAGGAAGUGAGGUCAUCAACCUUGGCCACAAAUCAACAGCCUGGGAGCCUUUAAUGAACAUUACUGCAAAUCUCUCCUCCAUUUCCAGCAUCACCUCCACCUUUGAGUUUCGUACCCUCGAUCCCGAGGGCAUCAUCUUCUACGGAGACACCAAAGAGGGCCAGGAUUGGUUUGUUCUUUCUCUCCAAGAUGGUGUUCCUGAAGUGCAGAUCGGUAAAGCGAAUAUAUUGGUCAGUGUGAAAGGAGGACCGAAACUGAACGAUGGCGUUUGGCACAAGCUGGAGCUGCGCAGCGAGGGGAAGUAUGUGGUUGUAGAAAUCAACAACAAGGUGGAGCUAUUGGUGGGAAUGGAGUCGGAUCAGACAGAUGACGUGCUGACGGGGAAAAUACGCCUGGCUCUCGGAGGGAUGUUGGUGGAUCAGAACAGGCUCCUGCAUCCUUUUAAACCUGAGAUGGAUGCAUGCAUACGGGCAGGAAACUGGCUGAACCUCAGCGCUCCCUGGGAAGCAAAGCCGGACUGGAAACCGUCACCUUGCUUUCCGGAGAUCAAGAAAGGCAGCUACUUUCCUGGAAGUGGAUUAGCUCUGUUUAAUACAUCUGAUCUUCCUGGAGUGGAGACAGAAGAGAGAGGAGUUACGAUUGAGGUGCACGGAUCUUGGCAUGGAACCUUGUUGAGUCUUCACAGCCUCGAUCUCCGGUACAUUCUGCCCAGGGAUAAGGCAAAGGAGGACAGGGAAGAAUCUGGUUCGAGCAACACUGAUGUCUUCACCAAGCUGACGCUGACUUUACUGAAACAUUCCCUGGUGUUAAACGGCGAGACAGAGCUGGAGAACGAAAGCAUCAACUUCCUCUCAAGGUGGAAGGAAGGGAUGAGUUUGGUGUUCGGUGGAGUUCCAGGUGAGACCGAGGACGCGAAGAAGCCGCACCGUCUCCAGGGCUGUUUGGAAAAAAUCCUGAUUCAGGGACAAGACAUCGAUCUCGAUCGGGCUUCCUUCAAGCACACGUCUAUCUCAUCACACAGCUGUCCUGUAAAAACAGUGAACGAACUGAUAGAGAGUUAGUAAGUCAGGGUUGUUGUGUUAUUUUUCAUAUCAUGGAAUGGGGCGUGGCCACACCUCCACCAAUCAGCUUCCACCAAACAAAAAAGUUUAGUUGUUUUGUACUACAUAAUUACAGUGUCAUGUUGGCCCACCUUUAACACCCCAUGUUUAAAAUCCUCUUUUUCUUUCAUCUUCAUUUACAUUUCUGUCAUUUAUCAGACUCCCUUUUCCAGAGUGACUUACAGUUUUUUUCAAUUUAUACAACUGAGCAAUUGAGGGUUAAGGGCCUUGCUCAGGGGCCCAGCAGUGGCAGCUUGGUGGACCUGGGAUUCGAACUCACGACCUUCUGGUCAGUAAUCCAACACCUUAAACUCUAUCAAUUCAAUUCAAUUUAUUUGUAUAGCGCUUUUAACAAUUUCCCUUUGUCUCAAAGCAGCUUUACAGAAGUAUCCUUUGUAUCCUUUGUAUGUACCAGGUUCAGGUCACAGAAGAUUGAAAGAUAAUUAAAGUGAAUAAAACAGGUCACUUAUUCA